UGCCCUUGUGAGGCGGCCCGGGGGGCAGAGGCGGCGGCGGCAGAGCGCUCCCCCGGAGCUGCCCCGCGGCGGGGCGGAGGAAAGCGCCCUCGGUGCGGUCACCAUUAAGAGGAAGGCGAUGGAGGAGCUGAGCGCGGACGAGAUCCGUCGAAGGCGCCUUGCUCGGUUGGCAGGCGGACCAUCUUCCCAGCCGACUACACCCCUUACGUCACCGCAGAGAGAGACCCCGCCUGGACCACCUGCAGUAGCACCAGCCCCGGGGCCAUCCCAUAGUCUAGGCCUAAAUGUCCAUAGCAUGACCCCAGCUACCUCUCCAAUUGGUGCAUCAGGGCAGGCCAGAGAAAAGCUACCGAAAGCAUUUCCUGAGCAAAGCUCAUUGCAGUUGGAAUUUAACACUGCAUAUUGUCCUCAUGAUUAUACACAGCAACCCAGAAGCAAAGGAGUAGCCCACCGAAGCCAGAGCAGCGAAGGAGUGAGUUCACUCAGCAGUUCUCCAUCUAACAGCCUUGAAACACAAUCUCAAUCUCUCUCUCGGUCUCAGAGCAUGGAUAUUGAUAGUGUCUCCUGUGAGAAAAGCAUGUCCCAGGUAGAUGUGGAUUCAGGAAUUGAAAACAUGGAGGUUGAUGAGAAUGAUCGCAGAGAGAAGAGGAGUCUGACAGAUAAGGAACCUCUGUCUGGGUCUGAAGUAUCUGAGGAGCAAGCUUUACAGCUGGUCUGUAAGAUCUUCAGAGUCUCUUGGAAGGACCGAGACAGAGAUGUUAUAUUCCUGAAUUCCCUCUCUGCCCAGUUUAAGCAGAACCCAAAAGAAGUGUUUUCAGAUUUUAAAGACUUGAUCGGACAGAUUUUGAUGGAAGUGCUGAUGAUGUCCACCCAGUCAAGGGAUGAAAACCCAUUUGCCAGUCUGACAGCUACGUCACAGCCAAUUGCUGCAACUGCCCGGUCUCCUGACAGAAGCCUAAUUUUAAACACGGGCUCCAACCCAGGAACCAGCCCUAUGUUCUGUAAUGUGGGCUCCUUUGGUUCCAGUUCAUUAUCCAGUAUGGGAGGCUCUGGCAGCUCAAGCGUUUCUGAUUCCUGCAACGACCACUUCACCAUUGAAAGCUGUAAGGAGACAGAGAUGCUGAACUACCUCAUUGAGUGUUUUGACCGAGUUGGAAUAGAGGAGAGAAAAGCACCAAAGAUGUGUAGCCAGCCGACAGUCAGUCAGUUACUGAGCAACAUUCGAUCACAGUGCAUUUCACAUGCUGCUUUGGUGCUACAGGGAUCCUUAACACAACCAAGGUCAUUGCAGCAGCAGUCUUUGCUGGUACCCUAUAUGCUGUGUAGGAAUCUCCCAUUUGGUUUCAUCCAAGAAUUGGUGAGAACAACUUAUCAGGAUGAAGAGGUGUUCAAACAGAUCUUUAUCCCCAUCUUACAAGGCCUGGCUCUAGCUUCCAAAGAGUGCUCCCUUGAUAGUGACAAUUUUAAAUACCCCCUUAUGGCACUAUGUGAACUUUGUGAAAUCAAGUUUGGGAAAACACACCCCAUGUGCAGUUUGGUUGUCUCUUUACCCUUGUGGCUGCCUAAAUCAUUAAGCACAGGUGCGGGACGAGAACUGCAAAGACUUUCCUAUCUUGGAGCCUUCUUCAGUCUCUCUGUCUUUGCUGAAGAUGAUAACAAAGUAGUUGAGAAGUACUUCUCAGGGCCUGCCAUCACGCUUGAAAACACCCGGGUUGUUAGCCAGUCCUUGCAACAUUACCUGGAAUUAGCAAGGCAAGAACUGUUCAAGAUAUUACAUAGUAUUUUACUGAAUGGUGAAACUCGAGAAGCAGCUCUCAGUUACAUGGCAGCUGUUGUCAAUGCCAACAUGAAGAAGGCACAAAUGCAGACAGAUGAUCGUUUGGUAUCUACAGAUGGUUUUAUGCUCAACUUCCUAUGGGUACUGCAGCAACUAAGUACGAAGAUAAAGCUGGAAACGGUUGAUCCCAUGUACGUAUUUCAUCCCAGGUGUCGUAUUGACCUCCCAACAGAUGAGACAAGAGUGAAAGCAACAAUGGAGGAUGUUGCAGCCUGGAUUGCUGAGCUUUACAGUGAUCCGUCUCCAUUUUCUGAGCCGAAAUUUCCAACAGAAUGUUUCUUCUUAACCCUGCAUGCCCAUCAUCUCUCCAUCCUGCCAAGCUGCCGUCGGUACAUACGUAGACUGCGGGCCAUCAGGGAACUCAACAGGACUGUUGAAGAUCUUAAAAACAAUGAAAGUCAGUGGAAGGAUUCUCCUUUGGCUACUAGGCAUCGAGAAAUGCUAAAACGCUGCAAGACACAGCUUAAGAAACUGGUGAGGUGCAAGGCUUGUGCAGAUGCUGGUUUGCUGGAUGAGAACUUCCUCAGGAGAUGUCUGAAUUUUUAUGGCAUGGUUAUUCAGCUGAUGCUUCGCAUUCUCGACCCUGCCUAUCCCAACAUAAAGCUGCCUUUAACUCCUGAAGUUCCAAAAGUAUUUGCAGCAUUGCCUGAGUUUUAUGUGGAAGAUGUUGCUGAAUUUUUAUUUUUUAUUGUACAAUAUGCUCCUCAGGUGCUUUAUGAGCCCUGUACUCAGGACAUAGUCAUGUUCCUUGUUGUGAUGCUGUGCAACCAGAACUACAUCCGAAAUCCUUAUUUAGUAGCCAAGCUGGUAGAGGUGAUGUUCAUGACAAAUCCAGCUGUUCAGCCCCGGACCCAGAAAUUCUUUGAAAUGAUCGAGAAUCAUCCUCUCUCCACUAAAUUGUUAGUCCCCUCCUUGAUGAAGUUUUACACAGAUGUUGAACAUACUGGAGCAACUAGUGAGUUCUACGACAAGUUUACAAUCCGCUACCACAUCAGCACCAUUUUCAAAAGCCUCUGGCAGAAUAUAGCUCACCAUGGUACAUUUAUGGAAGAGUUCAACUCUGGGAAGCAGUUUGUUCGCUACAUCAACAUGCUGAUAAAUGACACAACUUUCUUGCUGGAUGAGAGUCUGGAGUCCCUAAAACGUAUCCAUGAAGUGCAAGAGGAGAUGAAGAAUAAAGAACAAUGGGACCUGCUGCCCAGGGAUCAGCAGCAGGCUCGGCAGUCACAGCUUGCUCAGGAUGAGCGUGUCUCUCGUUCAUAUCUCGCCCUGGCAACAGAAACUGUUGAUAUGUUCCAUAUCCUUACCAAGCAGGUUCAAAAGCCUUUUCUCAGACCUGAACUUGGACCACGAUUGGCUGCUAUGUUGAACUUUAACUUGCAGCAACUAUGUGGCCCGAAGUGCCGUGACCUAAAAGUUGAAAACCCUGAGAAAUAUGGGUUUGAACCAAAGAAGCUGUUGGACCAACUGACUGAUAUUUAUCUACAGCUAGAUUGUGCUCGUUUUGCUAAAGCAAUUGCUGAUGAUCAGAGGUCCUACAGCAAAGAGCUCUUUGAGGAGGUCAUAUCAAAGAUGAGAAAGGCUGGAAUCAAGUCAACCAUAGCAAUAGAAAAAUUCAAACUGCUGGCAGAGAAAGUGGAGGAAAUUGUUGCUAAGAAUGCUCGUGCAGAAAUUGAUUACAGCGAUGCUCCGGAUGAAUUCAGAGAUCCACUCAUGGACACUCUGAUGACUGAUCCUGUGAGGUUGCCAUCUGGAACUAUUAUGGACAGGUCAAUCAUCCUGAGGCAUCUGUUGAACUCCUCCACCGAUCCUUUCAAUCGUCAGACACUGACAGAAAAUAUGCUGGAACCAGUGCCAGAACUUAAAGAGCAAAUUCAAGCCUGGAUGAGAGACAAGCAGAAUGCUGACCAUUAAAAGUUCCCUUGCAGUGCACGCCAACACCAAUGGGAAGAACAGGGCGUGGGCUGUUCUGCUAAUAGUGGGGCAGAUACACUUUGGAAGUUAUUGAUGGGAUUAGCACGCCCACUGGCACUAACUUGCAGUAGUGACCAGAAGCAUGUGGACGAGAAGAAAAGCAGCUUAAUUCUUGUACAUAUAUUUAAGUGAUAACGAUGGUCAAUAACAUGGAGGACAAAUUAGGAAGUUGCUUAUGUUACAAAACUGUCCUUCAGUAUGUCACGUUUUGGAGUUUUUACAGCUGACUUAUUUUAGCAAAGAUGAAUGGAUCAGGGCAGCAUCCCUUCAACCUUAUUUUUUACAGCCGGAUAUCCGUUAAUUUGAUUGUGGUUAGAAACUUGGACAUUUUGCUGCUACAGUAACUUUUUCCUCUUUCCCUCCCUUCUUCCUCAUCUACCCAUCAAACCUGCACUGCUGUCUUUUUUUGUAAUGCAAAAAAAAAAUCCCUGUGAAGAAACAAAAUCAUUCCCCUGCCCGCAAAAGAACAUAUUCUGUGCGAUAACUGUGCCUGCAACAAAGUGUUAAUCUUGGGAUCGUAUUUUUAUAUUAUACAUAUUCGCAUAUUUGUUUUUUAAUUGGUAUUAGAAGAGAUGAGGAUGAUUUCAAAAAGGCAAAGGUUUGACGCGUGGAUUUUAAGUUCCGUUAUUUGAGAUGUCCCUCUGUGUUGAUCUAGAUGCUCUGGUAUUUCUGAGAAGCCUUGAGACAGAAAUACAUUACAACAGCUGCCAAGAAUUAGAUGCUUGGGAAUACCAGGACUUCAGUGACUUUUUAAAAUAAUAAAGUCCAUUCUUUUAACGCUGCAGAUAUAAUAUAUGCUAAAUGACAGUUCUGAGCCAUUAGAGCUAGUCCACAGAGAUCCUUUUAUUCUUGGAGGCUGCAGUUUGGGGCAGGGGUCGUUUUUUAUGUUGCUUACCAAUUUGUAUCCAUGGCUUGGCCUUACCAAAGCAAAAAGGGUGCAGCAAAUGUAGAAUUACUUUUUUUUUUUUUAAAAGAAAAUAUUCACAAACAUUUUUGUAUUACUGCCCCCUGCUUAUGAUACUUGAAUUUCCUUUUUAAAAAGGAUUUGAAACCACAGUGUUUUAAAAUUAAGUCUGUAAAAAAAAGGUUGUUUUUCUUUUGUGUUUUUCGCUGUGUCCUCUGUUCAGUUCCUGACUCUUGAACUACAAUAAAUGAUGAUACACACUCGCAC